AUGAGUGGCAUCCAUCGGUUUUUGACGCGUCGCGACCGGCACAAUAAGUUGAACAAGCAAAGCAAAGAAGAGGCAUCUCGUAUACUUUCACGUCCUCCAUUCCAAGGAAUUUUCAAGUCAGAGACGACUCUAGCAGAAAAUGAUGAUCAUGAUAAGAAGGUCAAAGCCCUCGCCCAACGAAUUAAACAACUUGGAAUCACUGCGUUAGAGGAAGAGCAUAUGAGUUAUGCAUUGAAAACCACGCAAGGCGAUACAGAGAAAGCAUUUAGCCUGCUACUUCUGCUAGAGGACUCCAUCGAAGGAAUAAUCAGGAAUUACACACCCAACACCAAGCUCUUAGGCGCUGAGAAUCGCCACGGAGUCACAUGCUAUUUGGACGCCUUGUUGUUCGCCAUGUUUGCGCGCCUUGAUUGUUUUGAGGCCAUUCUCUAUAAAUCUUUUAAUGAUGAGCCUCGUCGAAAGCUUGCAAUCCUUCUGAGACUAUGGGUGAAUCUGCUACGAUCAGGGAAGCUUAUCACCACAGACAUGACAAAACACCUGCAGGAUGCCCUAGCAGAAUGUGGCUGGGAAGACGCGGCCAAACUUCAGCAACAGGAUGCCUCAGAAGCAUUCACUUUCAUCACAGAAAAGUUAGAAUUGCCACUUCUCACUUUGAAGAUGGACAUCUAUCAUACUGGAAAGGAGGAUGAAAGUGACGACCAUAAGUUCGUCAAUGAGAGACUUCUCGAGGUUGCCAUACCGCCCGAGCCAACUGAUGGACAUUCACUCACACUGGAAGAUUGCCUGGAAGCUUACUUCAAUAACAUGAUAGAAGUUAAACGACACAUGGAACGACGUAACACCACUGGCUCUAUCAGGUCGAGGGACUCCCUCUCCAUAUCCAAGGGGUCCACGUCACAUGUUGAAACAGUGGAAAUUGAGACCACACCCACUAUGUCUCGUGCUCAAACAAAUUCACCGCGCGUUGAAAAACCAACCCCUUGGUCGUCAUUCAGUGAGUUCAAUGAAUCCCUCGAAGCAUGUCGGACACCUGGUCGACGUGGCAGUAUUGUUCGUCAGCGGUUCUUUCCGGAUUCAAAUGACAACACGAACGCCAGGGAUCCAAAUCCGGAGAAAGAUACCAGUGAAAGUACACAAUCGCGAAGGGGUUCAUACAAGAAGGAGGUAAUGAUGCCUGCGUGGCAAUUUUUUAGAUUGAUACCGUGGUAUACCGACAACACACCAACAAACGAUGCGCAAGUUGCAGCACAUUUUUCCUCAAAACGGCCGAUUCUCGGGAUGUGUCUGAAACGUUAUUCCUUCUUGCCAGACGGGAGGGCAGUCAGGCUCAAUACACACAUUGACAUACCAGUUGAGAUCGGCCUGCCUCACUUCAUCCAAGAUGACAACUUGGAUGCGAAUGCUCCUAUCUUUGGGAGCUUUAAACUCUCUUUGCAAGCUCUGGUUUGCCAUAGGGGUAACUCGGUCGACUCGGGGCAUUACAUUUCCAUUGUUCGAGGUACCAACUGCCCCAAUACCGGCACUCCUAUCACCGCUGGCCCAGAAAUCCCUGAGACAUCAAAACACUGGAUGCGCUUCGACGAUCUCGCCGCUGAGCGAGUGACACUGGUUGAUGUUGAUCACGCAUUGAAGACUGAAUCGCCUUAUCUUCUGUUCUACCAAAUUCUUCCAAUCGGCGAAGAUCCAUCUGCGCCCAACAUUCCAAACCCACCAUCAUCUCGGGCGUCAGAAAGCAGUACACUAGGCGACCAAACAGACUUCAGUCUCGAAGACUUUACUUCUGACCGACCUAGUGUUGAGGUUACCGGGCCAUGCGAGACUAGUGCGCAAACACUAGCCAACAUCGCAAGGCGAUCCAGCAUAGCAUUUUCAGAAACCAGCAACUCGGCCGGUCCUCUGCCGCGCUCUAUUUCGUCCUCAUCGCCUGGGCUGGCACCGAUGGAGGAAGGAAGCACAAAGGGAAUAUCCCUCUCGCGCCGUGGGUCUCGGUCGGCCAAGAGCAAUCCCGGAAGCCGCGCUGGCAGCCAAACAGGUGAAAAUAGAAUCAGUGCCACUUUUUCACGCUUUGCUGAAAGACUCAGUCGGGAUAAAAUUAGCAAUGACGGAUUUGCCGAGAAAAAUGAAGAGGAUGAGUCUGCAUUUGAGAUUGAUGACACUGUGGACGACAUGAAACUUGGGUCAGCUGCUCUUGAGAAUAAGGAGAAGCGCGGAAGAGGCCGAACGAAGAACCACGAGAGGAAUAAAGGGAAAUCCAAGGAGAAGAGCAGGAUGUUGGAUCGGGAAUGUGCAGUGAUGUGA